AAUCAUUUCUUCUCAGCCAAAGCCGCCGAGCCAUACCAGAAAAUUGCCGCAGAUCUUCUUGGCCUCACCUUUCGAAUAUAUAUUCCAGCAACUGCAAAAAAUUAAAUCCAGAGAAGGAACACUUCUGAAAUUUUGCAUUGCCCAUAGACCAUACAUCCAUGGCUGAUGGGCAUUGCCACAAAAUAUGUAAACCCGUCUCCACCUCCAGACCACAAACCGGACAAAGAGGAUCUGAAAUAAUCCUUCGUUUAUAUAAAUUUUUCCGGGUCGGUAGAAUAUUUUUGCAGGCCCGCCAUAAAAAAAUUUUCUCCACAUUAGGCACCGGUAAAGCCCAUAAUUGUCUCCAAAAAGUACAGCUCCCCAUUGUGGAAGAACAAGAGGCCUUCUUUCGGUUCUCCAACUCCUUUUGCAUAUGGUAUGCACUUUUCACCGAAAAAACCCCAUUCUUUGUACCCCGCCAAAUAAGUGAGUCCUCUUGGUUGGUGCAACUCAAAGGAAUCUCCUUCAUUUUUUUCACCUCCUCUUUUGUUUUAUUCAGUAUGAAAUAAGCUUUCUUUUUCUCAAUGCAUAUAUUCUUCAUUUAAUUCGGUUUAUUAAUUGCCUAAAUAAGAGCAUUGUUUUUUUUCAUUACAAUCUUGUAUUUUGCUAAGAAUUUAUUACAAUUUUAUUCUUAUGUUGAUUUGGUCAUUUUUAAAGCUUGAAACUUAUAAAUAUAGUGUUAUCAGAAUUAGCGGAUUGUAUUAUGAGAAUAGGAUGCAAAUGCUUUUGAUUGCAGGCUGAUCCUAAUUCAGAUCCCUGGGGUUAAUUUCAGAAUUAAAAUAUGUCAUAUUGAGCAAAAUAUACUCAUCUUUAAUGUUAACCAAGACAAACAAGGAAGUCCGUGGGGGUGUCUUUUUGGCAAUGACCGUUGAUUUUGGGUGGUUUUAGGUGUAUUUUGAUUUGAUUGGGAAAUGGGUUAGUUGAUCAAUGCGGUGAUCUGAGUAAUGUUGGGAUGUGGAUGCUUAGGGCCGCUAAAUGUAUUGCCAUUCGGUUUUUGGCAAGUAAGGGGACCUCCACAACUCUCACUGCCAGUCUGCCAUCCACCUUUUACUUCUUCGAGGCACUCGCUGCUACUUUGGGUGCAAACCAGAUCCUUUACAGGGCCGACACAAUAGUAGCUGCUGACUUGCUGAGUCUUGCGACAUUUCUUCUAUCACCGAUAUUUAUCUGUGAGCAAAAUUUAUAUAACAAAUCUCAGUUGAAUUGGCAUAUACAGGCGGGUGACUUAGAGAGCUUGAUGGCAGUUAAUGUGAAAAAGGUGGAUUUAUGAGACACCCUCUUUGUGAAUUUUGCCAAAACCCUUUCUAUGGGGAUAAUGAGCUAUACUUGCAUAUAUCUCAAAGGUAAAUGAUACUUCUGUUUAUGAGAAGGUAGUAAGUUGCUUUCACAUAUAAGCAAACUUACUCUUUCAACCAUCCAAUUUACAUUGUUCGUUGCAGGACAAUAGGAGUACUAUGAGGAUUAUGGUGACUUGGAGGCUAGUUGUUUUCUGUGUUUUAGGUGAAUAUUGGUGCUUAAGAUUUGUUUGUGACAUCAAUAGUUAUCUUAUUAAUCAAAUGAUCAGCAGUUCAAGGAAUUUACAAUCAAAUUAUGGGCGUUUUGAUGGAGUGGUGGAGGUCUUGUCAACGGAUGGGAAUCACAUUGGCAAAGGCAAAUCAAAGAUUGUUGUGGAUGAUGAACAGACCAACUCAACUCCUAUCAAUCAGUUAAUAACAGUUCACUUAUGUCCAUCUCACAUGUUAUUAAAAAAAAAGACACAUGUCACUUGUAUAGACUAGAUUGAAGGAAAUACUUUCAACCUAGUUUGGAGAAAAACUCUGUCCUAAUAAUAGAGCCAAAAAUCCAAAAUGGUUCUCAUUUUUUCUGGUGGUGAUCCAGGUCCUGAUCAAAUUGAAGAAAAAGCAUAUGAAGAAAAAAAGCAAAGAGACUUGUGGCAAUUACCCAGAGAGAACAUAGAAAGUGAUGAAUUUGUUGUUCAAUUUGAAUUACAAAUUUCGAGUUUGUAAGUAUAUGAUAGUUGGCACCUCCCUUGUUGUAUCAUUUUGCCCCUUCAAUUGAUUAGAGGUUAAACCCCUCAUGACUUGAUUAUGUUUUCAGAAAUGAAGAAUUCUUGUUCUCACCAUGAGUACAUCAUGGUUAUAUAUAAGAAUUGGAAAUGUCGUUAGUUUUUUAUUUUU